UUACAUGAAGUCAGAGUUUUAGAUUUCAAGAAAAACCAUGAUCGAGAUUACUCUUCAAAACUGACCAAUUUGGUGAAACUUUGAACUUGUUUCAUUGGAUUAAUUUAAACUCAUUAGAUGGUAAAAUGUAUGCCACUAGAGUUUUCAAUUAACGGUUAACAUUGUGAGCAAAUCAAGUCAAACUUAACGGUUUGUGAAUAACAAUCAGUUAAAGUAUGAAGGGAAGAGAGAGAAAAAAUCAAUCAUAUUUACAUUUAAAAGUCAAAAUUUGUAGCACGAAUGACACGGAAAUAAGCGUGUCAUUAUCAUCAUAAGCAUCUUGUUCAUCUUCACCCUUGUAUCAACAUUCAACACAAUUCAAAUCACCUAAUAAGUUUUACCUUAAAUUAUGUAGAGUCAGAAAAAAAACGGUUGAAAAUGAAUCAGGUGAAAGGUACGUUUAACUGAAUCAUUGAUGAUCAUCAAUGAUGACAAACACCAUUAUCAUCAUCUAUCAUGAUCACCAUUAUUCCUCUGAAGUCCUGGUUAAAUCAUUGAGACGCUACAAUUUUCCUGUUUACUGACUUUUUGUGUGAAACUUAUUAUCAAUACAUUUUGCAAGCAUUUCCAUAAUCAAAAUCAGGUCUUCUUGUUUCACCUUGAUCACCACCAAAAAACACCAAAAAACACGAAUAACCCCACUAUCACCUUUACCUCCUCCUCCUCCUCCUACUGCCUUUAUUCAGCUCAUCUUCAUCUUGUUAACGGUUAACAUCCAAAGGGUUUAACUGUUAAUCAAAAUUAGUAAACAGUUAUUAUUUAGAAACUGAUUCUUCUCACAAUUCAUUUUGUUUGUUAAACAACCAAAUUGUUUGUUAAAUUCAUCCUUUGCUCAUCAUUUGUUUACUUUGGUUCAACUGAAAUUAAUCAGAUUCAUUGUUUACUGUUUAACUGUGAAUAUUGUUCAACAAAUUGGAUAAAUUCAUCAUUUUAUCAUGUUAUUUAUUUUUCCAUGAAAGUAAUUUAAAGCCAUUUUUUGUACAAUUUUGUUGUUUGCAAUUGGAUUAACUUUUACAUUGAUUGAUAUUUGUGAUUUGGUUAAACAGUUGAAGAAGGCAAAAUGAAUGUUAAACGUUUCAAUCAACUUUUCCAUUGUACAUUGAUUGUGCUCUUAUUCAAGAAUGGUCAGUGUAAAGAGAUUGACAGUAAAACUGAUUUACAAGAAGAGGAAGCAAAUGAUCCAGAGAUUCGUUCACCUGCUUACUUGCCUAAGCCUAAGUCAUCUUCAAACCCAUCUUAUUACGGGAAAGGUGAAUCGUAUGAUGAUGAGAGUAAAGAUGGACCUUCAUCGUCUCCCAAUCACGGACCAAACCAACCACGUUCAAAUGAAGGUCCAUGGCCUUUGGAGCGUCCCGAUGUGCCAUUAAUAAAAGGAAUCCAUGUUCGCUGUGAGAAAAAUUCAAUGUCAGUUAAGGUUGACUUUGAUAGACCUUUUUAUGGUGUCAUAUUUUCAAAGGGACAUUACAAUGAUCCUAAGUGUGUUCAUACUCCAGCUUCAACUGGACGAUCAGAGAUUAGCUUUGACCUGAGACUUGAUGCCUGUGGAAUGGUGGGUUCAGAUGAAGCCCAAGGUUCCCGAGGCUCAUCUAAACCUUGGUUAUUCACCGAGUCAACAAUCAUCAUUCAACACGAUCCCCAAGUGCAAGAGGUUUGGGAUCAAGCUCGUCGUUUACGGUGCACUUGGUAUGAUUUUUACGAAAAGACAGUUUCAUUUAAAUCAUUGAAUGUUGAAAUGAUGGAUGCAGUAACAACCAACUUCCUCGGUGAUAACAUUCAAUGUUGGAUGCAAAUUCAAGCAGGCAAAGGACCAUUCAAUAGUGAGGCCACUGGCUUAGUCAAGAUUGGUCAAACAAUGACAAUGGUUUUGGCAAUCAAAGACGAUGAUGGUAAAUUUGACAUGUUGGUUCGCAACUGUGUAGCCCAUGAUGGCCAUCACCGACCCAUCCAACUGGUAGAUGAAUACGGUUGCAUCACUCGACCUCGAAUAAUGUCCAAAUUUAAAAAGAUUAAAAACUUUGGUUACUCGGCAUCAGUUGCUUCUUAUGCCUAUUUCCGAGCCUUUAAGUUUCCCGAUUCCGUCAAUGUUCACUUUCAAUGUGUCAUUCAAGUUUGCCGUGAAUCAUGUCCACCCACAAGUUGCUCCGAGACUGGUUCAGAGCCAACCUUUCAUCCCGAUGAAGGUGAAGAGACUCGACCAGCAGCAACAGCAGUUGAUCUUGCAGGCAACAGACAACCUGCCGGUAAUGGUCCCAUUGGUAAGCAACAGUCAACUCCAGUCAACUUGGUCAAUGGCAAUGGUAAAUACACUGGUCCUUCUCUGGCCAAUGCUGGUGCUGUACCUCGUGUUUUGGUUGCCAGUCAAUCGCCUCAUUUUGAUGAUCUCAAUCGAACCUGGCCUUUGCCUGCAGCAACCUUUAUUCAUCCGAAAACACUGGCAUCUCAUCCAUUGUAUCCUCGCUUCCGAACCAGAAGAUCAAUCAACAAUUCAACCGACAUUAGUACAACAAAAACUAUCCGAGUUGUUGCUCCUGGUGACAUUUCAUUUGAUUUUUCAGCAACAACCGAUCAAACUGAAACUCUAGACAUUUUUGGAUCAGAUGCUUCUUCAUCAACAUCAUUAAUUUCAAUUGAUAAUUCUAAUCGUUAUUGUGUAUCUGGAGUUGUCCUUACUCUUUCAAUUGUCAUUAUUGGUUUAAUGUUGAUUGUUUCCUCUUUGAUUGCCGUUUUCCUUUACCUGCGAGUUAACCUUAUGAAUCGCUCUUUUUCAGUUUCACUCAAAGAUUCAAUUAGCUAUCAAAAUUUAGAUCCAUCCAAAGCUGCCUCACUUCGUAGUUUACAGGUUAAAACUCCUGGUGAAGCGAGUUGUUGAUUUAACCAAAUUAUAUUGAAAUAUUUUCUUCGGUUUUUAAUUGUCAUUUUCUGUCCAUUUUGAUAAUGUUAAUUUUGUGUCAAUCUCUUCAAUUGUUACUCUUGUCAAUUUGAUUGGUUUGAAUCAAUUAAAAAACGACUAUUUAUUGCCUU